CAAUGACCCCGGGAUUUACCCCAUAUCCCUUUUCAACUGUCGAAGAUUGCCUUCCCAGACCAUCCUUACAAUGUCAGCUCACCUUCUGAGGCGCAUAUCUCGCAAUCCUAGGGCAUUGUCCAGGAUUCCUCAACGAUGGAGCAGCUCGAUCUCCCAGCGGCCAGGCUCGGACCGUGUUCGAUUUCCUGGCGCUGUAAACAGUAAAUUCACCACCGACAUGACAUUCAUCAAUCCCGCCGAAACGACCAAUAUCCCUACCUACCGUGUCAUGGAUUCCGACGGCGUGUUGCUUGACAAGAACCGGAAACCUUCCGGUAUAUCAAAUGAGGACAUCUUAACUUGGUACAAAAAUAUGCUGACCGUGAGCGUGAUGGAUGUGAUUAUGUUCGAGGCCCAAAGACAGGGUCGGCUAAGUUUCUACAUGGUCUCUGCAGGAGAAGAAGGCAUUAGCGUUGGGUCAGCCGCCGCAUUAACGCCAGACGACGUGGUGUUCGCGCAGUAUCGCGAAACAGGUGUCUUCCAGCAACGGGGUUUCACCCUUAAGGACUUCAUGAGCCAGCUCUUUGCCAACUGUCAUGAUAACGGUAGGGGGCGUAAUAUGCCGGUCCAUUAUGGAUCUAACUACCCUCGCAUGCACACGAUCUCAUCACCCCUCGCAACCCAGAUUCCCCAGGCAUCUGGCGCUGCGUACGCCUUAAAAUUAGAAUCUCUACAGAAUCCCGAUACGCCACCACGCAUCGUGGCCUGCUACUUCGGCGAGGGCGCCGCCAGUGAAGGCGACUUCCACGCCGGGCUCAACAUCGCCGCAACACGGUCAUGCCCCGUAGUCUUCAUUUGUCGCAAUAACGGAUAUGCUAUCUCAACACCCACACUGGAACAGUACCGCGGUGAUGGUAUUGCCAGCCGAGGAGUCGGAUACGGCAUCGAUACGAUCCGUGUCGACGGGAACGACAUCUUCGCCGUCUACGAAGCCAUGCGUGAAGCGAGACGCAUUGCCCUCUCCGACGGUGGGAAACCCGUGCUUAUUGAAGCAAUGAGCUACCGUGUAUCACACCACAGCACAAGCGAUGAUAGUUUUGCCUACCGAGCCCGGGUUGAGGUAGAGGAUUGGAAGCGACGGGAUAACCCCAUUAUCCGACUGCGGAAGUGGCUGGAGAACGAAGGGUUAUGGGACGAAGAUACAGAGCGCGAUACGCGCGAGCGACUUCGGAAGGAGGUUCUCAAGGAGUUUGGAGAGGCCGAGCGGGAGCAGAAACCACCUCUUCGAGAGGCGUUUGAGGGGGUGUAUGAAGAAUUGACGGAGGAGGCGCAGGAGCAGAUGAAGGAGCUGAAGCGGAUCAUUCAGACGUACCCUGAAGAAUACGAUCUUCGAGAGUACAAGGAUGGUAUCAAUGGCUUGUAGACUGAUGAUACGUUUGUGAAUACAUAGAUCUAGAUAUCCCGUAUAACAGGAACUCAGUCAUGAAGCUUUCUUCUA